AUGUCAUCGGACUCUUCUAAGCACCGGUCCUCGAAGCAUAAGGAGAACGGCACCGCGUUAUCUGAGAAGAGCGAGGCCAACCUAGCAAAUGUGAAAAACAAUCUCGUGUUACUGAACAAGAUGCUAUCAGAGCGCCCCGGGGAGUGGGAGCAAUGGCUAUCAACGGCACGGUUAGCAAUGCGCGCCAUCGACGCCAUGCGUUUCUUAAAGGAUACCGCACGGCUUCAGGAGCAAGUUUGGUUGAUACAAGUACUCCAAGACUACUCAUUUCACGAUGCGGACGAAGGUUGCAUACAAGAUAUUUCGCAGUGGUGCCAGUCUUCUUGGCUAAGAGUUCUGAGAGACCAUCCUAACAAUGUCACCAUUUUGAAAGGUUUGGGUGAUAACUGGCUUCAAACAUCACAAGGAUUCCUAGCCAUGAUUCAUCGGGAGGGAAGUGCGGCGGAAGCUUCCAUGAACCUCGGGAAUGUGUCCUCUCCAUCCUCCGCUGAGCAACAUUUUGUGCGGGCGGUCAAAUAUCUCCGGCGCACUGUGGCAAUUCCAGGGUACACCUUGAGUACUUUCUUCCAGGAAUAUUUGGAUGACUAUGGCCGAUUCGUGGCAGCCUAG